GUUAUUUAGAUCUCCAACUUUUCUCUCAGGAGCAAUUCUUCUCUUGUUUAAUCUGAUAGCAGGAUCACCAAGAGCAGUUAGCUAGUUCAGACCAGAAUUGAGGAGUUUUCGCUUGCACUUUGAUGACCAGUAGAUAAGAUUAAUUGAAUGAUCGCGCUUGUUGUAAUUAAAAGAAUAGUGAACUUUUUCAGUCAUUAAUCGCAUUUUUAAGCAGAUAGCUGAGAAAAAAUAAAGCUUUUGGAGAAAAGAAAAUUUAUCUUAUUUCUUAAGUGAAUGGAUAAAAUGGCAAUUGUGUGAAGUAUAAAUGUUUGACAGACAGUUGUUGCAAGGAACUUUUCGAUUGCCACAUUUAACUGAUAAAACAGAACAGCCAGCAUCCAUCUAAAUGGAAAAAAAGGAAGCUCCAAAACCUGAUGAAGAAGGAGACCAGACUCUUGUUGUUCCUCGCCCUCCUGAUGGUGGUUGGGGCUGGAUGGUGGUGCUAGGGUCAUUCAUGUGUAAUGUCAUAGUGGACGGCAUCAUCUUUUCAUAUGGACUAUUCUUGCCAGAACUUUCGAAGGAUUUGAAUGAGCCUAAAGGAAAGCUAGCAUGGGUUGGGUCAUUGCUAGCGGGGUUUUACUUGAUUGCAGGUCCCAUUGUUAGUGGACUAGCGAAUACUUAUGGUACCAGACCUGUUACCAUCGUUGGUACUGUUAUUUCUGCAAUCAGUUUUGCUUUAGCUUCUUUGUCACCUAGUGUGGAAUAUCUUUGUCUGGCGUUUGGUGUUUGCGGAGGUAUAGGUUUUGGUUUCAUUUAUCUCCCUGCUGUUGUUACUGUGGGAUUCUACUUUGACAGACGACGAGCUUUUGCUACAGGACUUGCAGUUUGUGGCUCAGGCGUUGGCACUUUCAUUAUGGCACCCUUGGUCCAGUAUCUGUUGUUCACUUUUGAUUGGAGAGGUACCAUGCUCAUAUUGGCUGGAAUCGUUCUCAACUGCGCUUUCUUUGGAGCACUCUUCAGGCCUUUGAAAGUCGAAGUCCCGAAAAAGGACAUCGAAGUCCCUAAAGACGUAAAACCGCCAAUGCUGAAAAGAAUACAACAACUUCGCGAAGCUCAAAGAGAAAGAUGGGAUUCCAAUGAUGCAUUGUCUAAUGUGCCGCAUUCAUCUGUCAGUUUGCCUGAAAUAAAUUGCGUGAUAAAGAAACUUGGUUCAAGUCCUUUGAUAUCUUCCGACAACAACAGUCCUCCUCCAUCCUAUAGUGACGUUGUCGAAGCUGAUGAGGAAGAAAGAUAUGCCUUCCUCCAACAACCACCUCAUCCACCCACUAUGAAUAAAAACCAUUCUCAAUCUAUAUGUUCCACAGAUUCCAACAGGCCACGAAAACCUCGUAGCAGCAGAUCCCGCAGUGAACUAUCCCGUCCUUUUUAUCGCCAAGAUAUUCUCUACAGCGCAAGUCUUCUGCAUUUGCCUCAGUUCAAAAAAUCCAACAAUGAUCUGAGUUUGUACGCAGCCAGUGUCACCAAAAUUCCCCAAGAGCCUAUCCCUGAAGACAGUGGCUGUCUGUCUCCAGCUAUGAGAGAUACUUUCAGACAAAUGCUGGACAUAUCUCUUUUAAGAAGCCCGACAUUCUUGCUUCUGGGAGCAGGUGGUUUCCUCACGCUUGCUGGAUUUUUCAUACCUUUCAUGUUUGUGGUAGACAGGGCUGUCCAACAAGGGAUAACUAUGGAAGAGGCGACUUACAUACUUCCUGUGAUUGGUCUGACCAAUACAGUAGGCAGAGUAUUUUGUGGAUGGAUAUCAGAUAGACCGUCACUGAAUGCGUUAACCAUAAACAAUUGUGCUCUGGUGAUAGGUGGACUAGCAACUGCUUUGAGUACCUGUUUCAAUUCGAUUGCUUUUCUUCUAUCAUAUGGAGCAUUAUUUGGAUUCUGCAUUGGUUGUUUUGCCACCCUUCGAUCAAUCGUCAUCGUUGAGCUGUUGGGCCUUGAGAAGCUGACAAAUGCAUUUGGUCUUUUACUUCUUUUCCAAGGAAUAGCCUCUAUUAUCGGUGCACCAGUUGCAGGUAUGUUUUACGAUAUAACAGGCAGCUAUGAUGCACCAUUUUACAUUUCUGGAACUUUGAUACUUCUCUCUGGACUUCUCGGAGUACCUCUGCCAUACAUUUCAAGAUGGGAGAAAAGCAGGAAAGAAAAGGUAAUCAAUGUAGAAGAAGCUCCCGAGGAGAACAACGUUUUUGUGGAACCGGCUCCUAUUUCACAGCUGAGACGAUUCUCAUAUGAUGUGAUACUAGAAGAGCCAUGGUGUGCUUCGUCUCCAGAUAAAACUUGCGUUUACAAAACACGUCUUUAUCCGAAACUGCAUAAACCAAUGACACUUGCGCCAUUUGAUGAUUUGUAAUCAUCAAAUCAAUCACGUUGAGACAAAUCUUCAAGAAAUGUUUCUGAUUCAGUCGAACCUUAUUGGCACAAGAUAUUGUGUGAUAUCUCCAUGAUGUUGAUCGAUAUUCGAUGCCGACCAAUAUCGUGUAGAAAUCGUAACAAUGUCGUUGGAUAUUUUGUGCUAUUAGGGAAGACGCGUGAAUGUUAUUGAGUUGAAAAGACUUCAUUAAUUGAAACUUUUUACAUCAGAGACAGUUUAGAACUGAAAGUUUCUUUAAAAGUACUAUUUAUUAAGUUAGUGCUACUUCCAUCAUUCUGUAGUUUGUCAUUGAAAUUUAUGUUCAUUAUGAGAUUUCUACAAUCAUUUUCUGCAUUUUAUGAUGUGUGGUUACUAUGCCUGCGUUCCAUAGUAACAAAAAAAAAGUUCCAGAGUGAUAUUUUCAAAGUUUUGUGCCAUAAAGUUGCUUCUUUGAUGGAAAGAAUCCCUAAAAUAUGAGUUUAUCUUCUGUUAAUGAAGGAUCCAUUUGUUGCAUCUGAUAUUUCUGUCUUCUGGCAGGGAAAUAAUUUGGUAUUUUCUGAAUUAAAAAAAUGAAUUUUUUAAUUAAUUAUAAAUGAAGUCACCAUUUUAUUAUUCUAAAUAUUUUACAAGCUGCAUUUUCAAAAAUUAGACGGAUAGAAGCGACAUUAGAAAUACAUAAACAGAACCAGUCAGAAUAAGACUGAAGCAGGUGAUAAGAACAUAAUCAAACGAAGUGUAAAAAUACUGGUUCUGUUUUUAUUCUUGGACGAAUUUAACAGAAAAUAUAAAAUUUUAAUUUUGGGGAUUAUUAUUCAUAAAUGUUAAUCUUCAAUAUAAAAUAAUUCUUGUCUCAAGGAGCAAAAUUAGAAUAUUAGUAAAUCAAAAUGACGUUUCCACUUAAGAGAAAAAGAACUUCAUGAUUAGAAAUUUUAGAAUACAAUUUCUUCUGUUUGCUUAUGUGCCAACCUACCAAAGAAGAAUAACUUAUAAUUUUAUACGAACAUUGAUAAAAAAAAAAACACUAUUUUUUAUCUGUAAUAAAAAUAAAAAUAAUAAAUCUAAAAAUUGAAAUUCCACUAUGUGUUACGUAUUGUGACUAGCUCAUAAAUUGCCUUAAUUAGGAAGAAUGUUUCUACUUAAGAACAAACCUUGGAUUCGCUUUCUUUCGCAAGAAGAAUUCCGUAAAAACUUAAGAAAGUCUUUUAAAAUGGUGAAACAUUUUGUACUAUGAACAUUAUUUUUCUGAACCGAAUCAACGCACAAAAGACUGAGUAGAUUUGUAAAUACUGUUUCCUCACUUCUUGAAAAUUAUCCUUUUUUUUUAAAGGCGGGGACCAUUUUUAUGUAUUCAUCGUCAUAUGUAUAUUUUUGUAAAUAAAAUAUUAUCU